AUGAGAAUAGUAAACUAUAUUGUCAUCUUGAUGAUGACAUUGUUGUAUUAUAGUACAAGUAUUCAACUAUUUGUAAAUGCAGUGGCUGACCCGUGUGCAGUAAAAAAAACAGUCGUAUUUGAAAGCUUUAUGAAUAAGGGGUGUAUGAAUAGGCCCACAACAUUAACAGCACCUGGAGCAAAUUUUAUAGACAUUAAUCUCAGUGGUUGGAACAAUGAACCUGUUCAAGUUGGAAAGGCGCUUGCUCGUAACAAUUUCUUGUUUUCGGUUUGGACCAAUGGCACAUACCGUGCAUCGUGGUCGUACUAUGGAACAGAUGGCACUACUGUGUGUCAAGGUACCAAUGACUAUAGAGUCGAGGUUCAAAGAUCUGUACUAAAGGUCGAGCAUCCACAAUGUCCAUACGGAGCAACUGUCUACUCGGUCACCGAGCCAAGCUUAUGGGUCUCGGUCGUAAACGCCCAAAAUGUCAAUGUAUUGCUUCAGAACAAUAUGACUACUUAUGCCUCCAACUUGACACUUGUCGGUGUGGACCUCGUUGACCAAUGUAACUUGAACCUUGUUGCCAAGCCCAAACUCAACUCUUUGCCACAGUAUGUCGUUACACCCGAGGCUGUUGGCAGUCCCGGUAAACUGCGUCUCACCAACUUGCAAGACUACCAGACCGCCAGCCUGUACGACGCCAGCAACCCAUCGAUCACGUUCCCCUUUGAAUCGGAAACCUCGACAUUUACGGGUAUCAAGUUGGCUCUUAUGGGUCAGGUCAUUUUAGAGGUAAACUCUGCAACGUGUGGAGUGCAACGUGUUCCCAUCACCAUCGGAUGGAUUCAACCUAAAGUGUCACUUGACAUUUACGCCUACUCUUGUGGUAGCGAACAUGCUGUUGCCUUUCUCACCGUAGAUGGUAUCGAAUCGCCCAAAAUCAUCUAUCACGGCGAUCUCGUCCCCGCCUCACCAUUCCCAAUCAAUAUCAAUCCCACCUAUGAUAUUUCAUGGUAUGAUCCAGCCAGCUCUAUCGGUGAAACCAACAUUCCAUACGAAAUUCCAGUUUGGAGAUACAACGUUCCAUACUAUACCGUCAUUGAAAAUCCAGCUGCAACACCAAAUGCACUCACCAAGAUCAAGUUCCAAUACAAUGGUAACUUUUCCAACCUCAGAUUUGACUUUGCCGAAAUAGGGUCAACUGGAAUCGUAUUUGAAAAUGAAAUCCAAACCAUCACCUUACCAUUUGUAUCAGGUCCAGCUGAUCUCAUUGUUACUUCCAUUUGCGAACCAUUUACUAUUGUCUAUCCCUACACUUCAGUCACGCCAUCCUAUCAUGUUGUAUCAAAGACUUGCUUGGAUCCAAUGGAUUUACGUAUCACAAAUGCACAAUACUUUCAAACUAUUAGUAUAGAGACUGUCGAUAGUGGCACUCCCUAUACAUUGCAUUCCGUCGGUGGUGUAUUCUCGAAUAUUCCACAAUCCAGAGGUUGGAUCCUGACUGCUACCUAUGUCAAUUCCUCUGAAACCUACAGUUAUAGUACAAUAGAACUCUACCCACAAAUCGAUAUUCGUAACAACAUCACUGUGGCAUUAGAAAACAUUACUGGACAAGACUGUGGAAAUUUAGAUGCUGAUGCUGUUUUCACCUAUGACAACAAGGUUGUUGCAACUAAAAAUAUAAAUUUUGAUUGGUCAACACAAAUUUUAAUUUCUCCAAAUGAUAAUUGUUACUUCCAAGUUACUGCUCCUAUUCCUCUACCAAAGGUAAUUGCCAAUAUUGAAGAACCAGCAGUUUGUAAAGAAUCAUAUGCAAAGAUAACAUUUAAUUAUACUACCUCCCCAAUGCCAUAUGUCAGUAUCAAUACUACCGACGUACGUGUGGACGUAUUUUAUGUUCAACUUUUACCAGGAACCUAUAUUAUUAAUGCUGGUUUGAAUCAAGAUUGUUCAGUUCCAUUAACAGUUGUCAUUAAACCAACAUCAAGUUUUAGUCUUUUUGAAAAGAAUGUUUUGGUUACACCACAAGAUUCAAACAAUUGUAUUACUCCAUCUGGUUCAAUUAAAUUGAUAAAUGCAACAGAUACAGAACAAUUUAGUAGAUAUGAUAUUAUUGGGAUGCCAGGUACUGACAAUAAUGGUGUAUGGACUUUGAAUAGUCGUGUCACCCCAGAAAUCCUCGAGUUUGAUCAUUUCUACUGUGGAGCUGGUAAAAUGCCAAUUCAAGUCCCUACCACUCCCGAUAAUAAUAUCCAAUACACCAUUAAAGAUGCUCACUGUUCCAGCGCACAGAGUUAUCUAGGUGAUGGAAAAGUAAUCUUUUCAACACCCAACAACUUGUACAACUUUAUCAAUAAUUUUGAUGGAUAUUUCCACAUUCCAUCCAAAACUUGGACCGAUCUUACAAAUGGCACUCAUACUAUAGGUAUUACAAAAUCAAAUGCUUGUGCUUGGGUUUUUAAACUAAAUAUUGGAAAUAAUGAUGAAUAUAAAUUAGUACCAAAUCCAAUGAGAUAUGAAAAAAUUUAUGGAUCAAGUCGAUCACUUUUAAAUAUAACGACUCCACCACUUGGUUCAGUGUAUGUUAAUGAUCUUAAUGACCAACAAUUUUUUGGUAGUAGUAUGUGGCCAAGUGAACCAGCAAACAUGUUUUAUCUGAGGGAAUGGAAGGGAAGAAUCGCCCCAGGUAUCAGUUACGGCCCCAAUUGCAAUGCAUAUGGUGAAUUGGUGUAUGACCUUACUCCACCAAAUACACCAGAACCCUCGUUUACAAUGUUGCCAAGUUGCAAUGGAAGUUCGACAGUGGUAUUGGCUGCAGGCGUUGCCAACAGUUACAAUGUGUAUACGCCAGGUGGAUUUUUGGUGACCCCUACUACCAGUGUCCGUGACGGUGAACAACUCAACUUUUACACCAAGGGCUCUGAAUAUACAGGUCAAUACCUCAUGGGCUAUGCUCCCGUUACCAACCAAGCAUUCAAUGUUAGAGUGGUCAAUGCAUCGUGUGAAGGUGCCAACGACGGUCAAAUCAUUGUCACAACCAACGCCACUGGAUAUACUUUUGCUUUACGUUCUGGUGAAGGUGAUUUCAUAUACCCAUUUGACAAUGAGACUGGAACAUUCUCUAACUUGCCAUCAUAUGACUACAAUGUCAUCUUUAUCUCGUCGUUUUGUUUGUUUGAAGAGACAUUUAAUGUUUAUAAUGCCGACGAGACCAAUACCGCUCCAUUAAAGGUGUUGGGUGCUGCUAUAUGCAACACCAAGGAUUCCAAAGCCACCAUCUCCUUUAGUGAAACGUAUCCAGGCAACUCUAUUGCCUAUACACUCAACGGCGUCGUUUAUAACGAGUCGUCUAUUCAAUUGCCAGUUGGUAGUUACUCGGGUCUAUUGAAUGCAUCCACCGAUAGCUGUCUUUCUGCCAACCAAGCAUUCCAAUUCCAAGUCACCAACAACCCAAUCGUUGCAACACUUACUCCAGAUAACUGUAGCGUCAGCGUCAGCAUCACUGGUGGUAACUCCCAAACCUAUACCAUCUCACUCUUUGACUCUACCCAACAAAUCUAUGAGCGUGUCGAUGGUAUUUCAACAUACAAAUUCGAUGAGGUUAGUUUAGGACAAUACACAAUUGUCGUAACCGAUGACCAAGGUUGUCAAUCCGACACCUUUAACAUUCAAGUUGAAGAAUGUGGUAGAAUGAGACUAUUCGCACCUUUAUUCUCGGCAACUCUUUUAGGUGUAGUUAGUGGGUAUUAUAUAUUUCAACCAGGAUUGGCUGAAAUAAGUAAUGAAAUGAAUAGAAAGAGAAGAGAAGAACUAGAAUUACAGAAACAACAAGAAGAACAACAACAUAAUAAUAAUAAUAAUACUAAUACUACGCAAAAAGAAUAA